AUGGCUUUUUCUUCUUUGUCGUCUUCUCUCUCCUCCUCCUCGCUUUACGGUUAUUAUUAUUAUAAUAAUAAUAAUCAAAACGGAACGACGGCAGAAAGAAGAAGAGAAAGAAGGCGAUUCAAUGCUAAAGGCGUGUGUGAAAAAAGAGGAGGAUGCGCGAGACCUACACGAGCGAGGACGCGAUGCCAAAAUGAUGAUGAUGUUGAUGAUGAAGAAGGUUGUUAUUAUUAUUUCUCGGACAGAACGUUGCUCGAAAUGAGCGCGAGUUUUUCGACGAAGAAGCUCGCAAAAUUGGCAAACGAAAAGAGAGAGAAAUAUUUUGGGAACGUCGUCACGUUCUCUCCGAAAGUGUUCGUCCCGCUGACGUUCGCCUGUCGCGAUAAGUGCGGGUAUUGCACUUUCGUGAAAGAACCAGAAGAAGAAGAAGACAAAGAAGAAGAGAAAAAAAGGAAGAACAUUUUCAUGACGGAAGAGGAAGUGCUGAGCGUGGUGAGAGAAGGGAAGAAAAAUGGAGCGACGGAAUGCUUAUUUACGUUAGGAGACCGACCAGAAGCGAAAUAUCCAGCGGCAAAGAGAGAACUGGAAGAAAAAUUGGGAUGCGCGUCUACGGUGGAAUACGUCGCCAAGUGCGCGAAGAGAGUGCUCGAAGAAACCGGUUUGCUUCCGCACGUGAACUGCGGCGUGUUGACGGUUGAGGAGUUGAAACUGCUGAAAAAAGUAUCCGCGAGUCAAGGAUUAAUGGUGGAAACGACGUCAGAACGUUUGAUGGAGCCUGGCAUGGCGCAUUUUGAGUGUGAAUCGAAACGCCCGAGCGUAAGAUUGAACACUUUAAGAAACGCCGGAAAGGCCAAGGUGCCGUUUACUACUGGGAUUCUCGUCGGAAUCGGCGAAACUGCUGAAGAACGCGUGAAAUCGUUACUAGAAAUUCGAAAAUUAGCGGAAGAAGAAGAUGGGGGUGAUUGUAUAGGCGAAAUUAUCGUCCAAAACUUUCGAGCGAAGGAGGAUACGCGCAUGAAAGACGACCGAGAGUCUACUUUGGACGAGCUCGUGCGAGCCGUCGCUUUAGCACGAUUAUGCUUCGACGAAAAAGUAACCAUUCAAGUGCCGCCAAAUUUAACUCCUGGUGAAGAAGUAGAAGAUGGGUGGAGGGCGUUGCUAAAUGCAGGCAUUAACGAUUGGGGAGGUAUAUCUCCGGGAGUAACGCCCGAUUUCGUCUCGCCCGAGUGCGAAUGGCCGGCUUUGAAAACGCUCAGCGCAGUCUGUCGCGAAGAAGGUAGAAGUUUAGUUCCUAGAUUAGCAGCGCAUCCGCGCUAUAUAGGAGAGAAAAUGAAUGCUUGGAUAGAUGAAGAGGUUGCACCGCACGUGAGAGUAUUAUCCGACGCCGGCGGUUUUGGCCGGGGCAUGCAUUGGUCCCCCGGGAGCGAAGAACGUGCGUCGGGAAUGUCCAGCGACGACGGCGAUGGGAUAUCUGUUACAAAUUUGGUUUCUGUGAACGGCGCAGUGGAACCUGGUAGUAGCAGUAGGAAUAGUAGAGACAACAACAAUAGCAACAACAACGAUAGAAUUAGCUCAAGUAGAAACAAAAUCAAUCGCGCGAUUGAAAAGUGCAUGGCCACGACGGCGACGGUUGAAGACGUCGCGUUGCUCUUUGAAACGCGCGGCGACGAUUUCGAUUUCGUAUGCUCGAAAGCAGACGCGUUGAGACAAGAGCAAUGCGGUGAUAUCGUCUCGUAUGUCAUCAACAGGAAUAUCAAUUACACGAACGUUUGCGAGUUCACGUGUCAUUUUUGCGCGUUUUCAAAAGGAAAAUUUGGCGAGGAGGCCACGAGAGAUAAGCCGUAUUGUUUAGAUUCGGAAGAAAUAGCGAGACGCACGAAAGAGGCCUGGGACAAAGGCGCCACGGAAGUCUGCAUGCAAGGAGGAAUACACCCUGAUUUCACCGGCGAAAGUUAUCUCGACUUCUUGAAAGCAGCUAAAACAGGUGCUCCAAACAUGCACGUGCACGCGUUCUCUCCUCUGGAAAUUCACCACGGCGCGACGUCUUUGAACGUUCCAAUCAAAGACUAUCUGAAAAUGUUGAAAGACGCCGGACUUGGAUCUUUGCCGGGCACCGCGGCUGAAGUCCUGGACGACGCGGUGAGACAAGAAAUCUGUCCCGACAAGCUCAAUUCAGAAGAGUGGUUAUCUGUGGUGAAAAGUGCCCACCAGGUUGGCAUAAAAACGACAUCAACUAUUAUGUUCGGUCACGUCGAUUCCGAAACGCACGUUUCUUGGAGCAAGCAUCUCCUCGCCCUUCGCGAACUACAUCGCGAAACGAACGGCAUCACCGAGUUUGUUCCGUUACCGUUUGUCCACUUCAAAGCGCCAAUAUACGAAAAAGGUCGCGCGAGGAAAGGACCUACAAUGCGCGAGUGCGUUUUAAUGCACGCCAUCGGUCGUUUAGUGCUCGGUCCAAUAGGCAUCAAGAAUAUUCAAGCGAGUUGGCCGAAAAUGGGACCAUCUUUCGCCUCAAACUUACUUUUCGCCGGAUGUAACGACGUCGGCGGUGUUUUAAUGAAUGAAAGCAUCACGCGCGCCGCUGGAUCUACGUUUGGCCAAGAAUUCAACGUCGUCGAGAUGGAAGCGUUGAUCACUCGAGCCGGGCGCGUGCCUCGAUUGCGAAACACUUUGUACGAGAACGCGAACGAGGAGCGAAGGAUGGUCGGCAUCGAAAACGCGCACAAAUCAGUCGUCGUAAACUUUGCAGGCGGAGGAAAACAACAGGUCGAGGAAUAA